GAGAGGUCCACAUGUACUACUACUACUCUCACAUCUCUCUCUCUCUCUCUCCUUCUUCUUUCUUCUCGUCUUCGUUUUCUUCUGGUUAAAUUCUCUUUCUCGGAGGAGGUGACCGUUUCUUCACUCCUAAAAAUUAAAAAUCGGAAGAUUAUAUUGUUUUCACUGGUGUUUGCUUGGACGUGAGAUUUAAUCUCAAGGAGGCAAAGCGAGAGAGAAUCUUGUAUUUUUGUUGGAUAAUGUUCUUGGACGAUGAUAUGCAUAUGGUUCCAGUGCAACGCGGCUUUACGGGUCGUGGUCAGAUGAAAUAUCUGAGUUAAAAAAAAGGGGUUGUUUGUUAACGAUUGAGUGAUCUAAUGGCUAUUGCUGGCCUGCAAAACAUUUUGGCGAUUGAUUCAUCUCUCCCACGGGACUCUGAGGUUCGGGGUUCUAGACAGAGGGAAAAUGAAGGAAGGUCAAGCGUCCGGGCAUCCUCACUUCUACAGAUGUGGAGAGAACUUGAGGAUGAUCACGUGAUGGGUCAUGCUCGUGACAGAGAUGCUGACAGGAGGACUGCUUCUUCGAGGGGAAAUGCUUGUGACAGUAAUAUUAGUGCCCAUGAUAUUGUUAGAGAUAGUGUAAAUCUGGGUGAGACUGAACUUGGUGGAUGGUCCCCUACCCCGAGUCAUGUCGACUCACAUAACUCGAGUGAGGAUCUCGGUCCUUUUCAGAGCGAGCACUUUUCUGAUCUCGGGAUGGUUGAAAGGGAAAGAGUUAGACAAAUUUUCCGUGAGUGGAUGAGCUCUGGGACAGGUCAGCAUACUUCCUCUGAUUCCCACACAACCAACAGCUCAAGAGCAGAAUGGCUUGGCGAAACUGAACAGGAAAGGGUGAGGAUCAUAAGGGAGAUGGUUCAGAUGAAUAGCCAGCAGAGACCUGUUCUUGGUGAUCUCAGGGAAGAACAACCUAUUGAAGUUGUUAACCAGAUCGAAAGAGUUGUUAAUGCCAACUGCAUCCAAAAUGAAAAUGCUAGAAGAGGUAUACGCAAGUUAUGUGGUAGGCAAGUGUGGGUGGAUAUGUUAAAAAUGGCUGAGNAGUCUCUGCUGCGAUGCACCGCGCUGCUGACCAAUCAGGUCCAUCUAAGGAGACUGAGAGCUACGAGUCAAAAUGGGAAUAUAUGUGGACAUAUGAACACUUGCGAGAAGUGUGCGAAGAAGCUAGUGGAAGCUGGAGGAAAAUGUCCCAUGUGUCAAGCUCCUGUGAUUGAGUUGCUUAUGCAGGCAUUGCUAAGGGGGAGAUUCUUACGAAAUGGUGACAACGAUGAUAAAGAGAAACCAACAUCAUCUGCAGCUACUGAGUUGGGCUUUCUAAGAGAAAGGCACACUGUAUCUGAGCUGAGGGAGGAAUUUAUAUCCAGACUUGACCGGUCUGUCUCUGGUCAAGCGAGCAGCAGUCACUCGGAGACCUCAUCAAAUGCCGAAAAUGAUGAUAAUAGAGGUGAACAAAACGAUCUAAAUUGUCUAGAUAGCAUCAAUGAUGCAGGCGGUGGCUCAGAUCAAAAUGGCAGAGAGGCUGAAAACCAAUGUUCACUGGAUGAGGUAACUAAUUCCAGACGCUGUAAUAACCAGAGCACUAGUUUGGAAGAAAGGACUGCACGUGUAGAAGAUUGGCAACGGUCGAAAAUUGAUGAUUUCUCUCUAAGAAGAAAUGGUGCUGAAGUGGACCUGAAUAGCCAUCAAAGAGAGGAUGCUACUGGGUGUUCAUCCUCUUCAAUUCAUGGAGACGAGAUCAGAAAUGGCUGUCAGUUUCGAGAAACUAUGGAUAUACCUUAUGAACAGUCUCUGCAAAGUUCCGAAGAAAUUGCCACCAUGAGACUGAUAAACAGGACAACAAAUUUCCAGGAAAAUCUGGUUGAAAGCAUUAAUCUAACUGUCCCUCUAGAGGAACAAACCGAGGAGGAGAUUAUGGGAAACGAAGAAUCCGAUUGGCAACUUAUCAAUGGUGAAACCAGUGCAUGGAGAGAUGACGCUGAAGAGGAGGCAGAUACAGAUGUUCCUGAGAAUUUUCCAAAUCAGUUAUCCCAGAUAUCAUCCGUGGACGAGGACAGGGAAGCCCACGCCCGCACAGAACUCACAGAGAUGCAGCCUGAUGAUGCUGAUCUCCAAAGCACAAUACAAGACUGGUCGGAAGAACAUUCUGAUCAGGACACAGUUUCAGUUGGAAGGGCUGACACAUUCUUUCCUCCGGAUGAUAACGAGAACAUGGAACUCAGAGAACUCUCUAGCAGGAGACGUGUCUCAAAUCUUCUGCAAAGCGGGUUUAGGGAAAAUCUUGACCAGUUGAUACAAUCCUACAUGGACAGACGAAGCCGAAAUCCUGUGGAGUGGGAAGAACACGAGACUUAUUCUGACCAUACAAUAGUAGGUGAAGAUAUAGAACAGCAGGAUGAUGCUCAGAGUGGUGGUCAAGAACUUGAUGCUGUUGAAUCUCCU